AGCUGUUCUAAUUGCUACCUAGAUAUCGUUGUUAAUUCGAAUUCUUUAUGGAAAUUUAGUCAGGCGUAUAUAUUCAGAUAAUAUCUACAUGGCUGAGAGAAUCAUCUUCUCCUCGGAUCGACCCGACGCAGACGGUCAUGUUUCGCCUCCCAUGUCAUCAUCCUGAUGCAUCCCUCUCCACCCGAAUGUACCAUAGAGUUAGGAACAACAGUAUGAAAACGAACAUCAUAGAUAUUAUUCAAGAUGUCUUCUCCUCACCAGGGCGGUUCCCUCUCCGACUUCGCCCAGUCCGGCACCUCCAUCCCUAACGACGCCGGUAUCCAAAAUACUCUACCUUCCGUCGCUCGUCCCGACCAGCAGCGUCAUCACCAUCAGUUCGAAUAUGAAGGCCAGGACCAGCCUUCCCUGGCUAUGGCGGCGGACAAUCCGCGCGACAUGCCCCGCAGCACUCGCGACAUGCACGCCUCUGGCGAAGUCACCACUGGAACGGGCGAUGCGCUUCCUGCAGAGAUCGAGUCGAAGCGUCUACACUAUGGCGGUCAUGACCCCGGUGCGAAGGGUGAUCCGAGGAACUUGAAGCAUGCGGUGCAGAACCGUAGUCAGUUUGAUAAGUUCGCUGGUGAGGACCCAGAUGCAGAUGCGGCGAAUCAGGAGCAUGAGUGGAGGAACAGGGAGUGAAUCGUUUUUCUCCUUGUUUCUUAUAUAUUUUGGUAAGUUCCAGUUAGGAAUGGUGAUGGAUUUGGACCAUUUGUAUUAUUAGGAUGAUUCGUGAGGGCAUUGUGUAUGAUUAGUCUGGAAAUUCC